AUGGGCGACGAUAAGUACGAUUACCAAGCCCUCCCCAUUCCCUCCUAUGAGGAGGCUACCGCCCAGGCUUCUUCUUCUCGCUCCGACCUGGGCGAAAGUGACGGCAACGAUGUCGAACGUCAGGGGCUCCUCAGUCAUGAUACCUCCCACUACCAACCACCGACAGUUGAAUCAACACGUACAAGUCUUGAUGAUCUCGCCUCGUCCGUAUCGGGCUCGGCCCGGGGAUCUACGGAGGAGUUGCGGAGAGAAAUAGACCAGAUGGAUAUUGAUGACUCUGAACAAGGAUCUUCAAAUAGUACACGAUCUCGACUUCGAUCUAGUUUUUACAAAGGCUUCUCAAGUCUGACACGGACGCUGUCGGCCAUCCAACGACCCCUGCAACGAUACCUCCCGAACCUACCGAGCACCUUUAACCUCGAUUAUGCCCGAUCGCACUGGAAAGAUAAUGCGCCCAUUGUGUUGCUCCGACUAUUUGCCAUGCUGCUGGUUAUUGCAUUGGUCUACGUAUUCUUCAUCGGAGACGUCUUCAAUCUCAACCAGCGCAUGAUUUUAGGCAAUACGUAUAGUUCGGCCUCCGUCGAAAACUUUUUACAGGGACACAUCAAUGAGUCCAAUAUUGCCGAAGAUCUGAAGAGAAUAACCUCCUUUCCACACGUCGCCGGCACAGAAGGCAGCUUUUUCGUGGCUGAGUGGGUAGAACAGGCGUUUAAAAAGGCGCAAUUCGACGAAGUCACCCGGGAGGAAUUUCAGGUAUACCUGAAUUAUCCCCGCGAAGGUGGCCGCAAGGUGGCCAUCAUUGAUCCACCCCAUCUGGUUUGGGAGGCCACUUUAGAGGAAAAUAGCGAUCGGGUUCCCGUAUUCCACGGGCACUCCAAGUCCGGAAAUGUGACAGGACCUCUUGUCUACGCUAAUUAUGGAGCUCGUGAAGACUUUCAACUACUCGCCGACCGUGGAAUUUCACUCGAAGGCUCGAUUGCUCUUGUCCGCUACUAUGGAACCGAACCAGAUCGUGCCUUGAAGAUCAAAGCCGCCGAGCUGGCUGGGGCGGUGGGUUGCAUCAUAUACUCCGAUCCUUCCCAGGAUGGUUUUGUCAAAGGCCCAGUCUUUCCAAAAGGCCGAUAUAUGCCAUUUGAUGGUGUCCAAAGAGGCGGUGUCAGCUUAAUGUCCCAGGUGGUCGGAGACGUCCUCAGUCCCGGGUUCGCAUCCACUCCAGAGGAGAAGAAGAGGCUGUCUCCGCAGGACAGCCCUGGUUUAGUGCAGAUUCCAAGUCUUCCGAUUGCCUGGCGUGAUGCGCAGCGACUUUUGCAAUCUCUUGCAGGUCAUGGCUCCAAGGUUCCAAAUGAAUGGGUUGGUGGAGUACCAAAAGUCUCGGAAUGGUGGACAGGAGAUCAAAGCUCGCCUAUUGUUCAUUUGAUGAAUCUGCAGGAUGAAGUGGAAAGAAUGCCCAUUUACAACAUUCACGGGACUAUUCUCGGACUAGAGGAACAGAAGAAAAAGGUCAUUAUUGGCAAUCAUCGAGACUCGUGGUGUUUGGGGAGUGUCGACCCUGGCAGUGGAACUGCCGUCUUUUUAGAAGUUGUGCGAGCCUUUGGUGAGCUUCUCACCUAUGGGUGGCGGCCACUCCGUACCAUUGAGUUCGUUAGUUGGGAUGGAGAGGAGUACAACCUCAUCGGCUCGACAGAGUAUGUUGAGAAGGAGGUGGAAGCCCUCCGAGCCAAUGCAUAUGCUUACCUGAAUGUUGACGUGGGUGUUUCCGGCUCGGGAUUUCGCGCUUCAGGAUCUCCGGUCUUUGAGCGCUCAGUGAUCCAAAUCUUAGGCCGUCUCUCCGAUCCUUAUGCCAACAAGACGCUGAAGGAAAUUUGGCUGGAGAACGGCCAAAAGCUUGAGCCUCUCGGGGCUGGUAGUGAUUACGUUGCUUUCCAGGAUAUUGCUGGUACCUCUAGUAUUGAUUUCGGUUUCAAGGGCGAUGGAUUCCCAUAUCACAGCUGCUACGAAUCUUACGAGUGGAUGGAGAAGUUCGGCGACCCUGGAUUCCAGUACCACAAACUUCUUGCCGAGUUCUGGUCACUUUUAAUCCUAGACCUAACUGAGAACCCCAUGCUGCCAUUUGAUAUUACAGCAUAUGCUUCACAUAUCGCCGGUUGGGUGCAAGACUUGGAUAACUAUGCAAAGUCCAAGAAUGCUAAAGUCAACAUGCAACCAAUGUUCACAUCCGCAAGUGAACUUCUAGCCAACGCGGAGAAGUUCGAGUCGUGGAACCAAAAUUGGCAUGAUACUGUCUGGGGCUCCGGCGGAUAUGAAAGUAACGUCAUGGCAAAUCAACGUUUGCUACACAACACUCGCAUGGCUGGCCUUGACACGGCUCUCCUGGAUCUCGAAAGUGGAGGCGGCAUUCCCAACCGCACUCAAUUCCGCCAUGUCGUCUUUGGACCUGAAUUGUGGUCUGGCUACGAUGCCUCCAUUUUCCCUGCUAUUCGUGACAGUAUUAACACAGGAGACUGGUCACUCACUCAACACUGGAUCGACCGGAUAGCGAACGUGAUUCACCGCGCGAGCGAUUCUCUCCUGGCAUAA